AUGGUACUCUGUGAGUUGCUCAGGAUGUCAGGAUGCCUCAAGGAGCCCAAAGUAUGGCCGGAGGACGGCCGGCUCUUUCCAGGCCUGGCGAACAUCCUGUUGCAGAGCAAGCCGCCUGUCCCUGCAGCUCAGAAAGAGGAGGACGAGACCAGGAUUCUGCACUUCUGCAAGAACUGCCGAAGCCACGAGGUGGCCACCCGACGGCUGGUGCGCGACACGCGGACGCAGGAAAGAACGGCCAUGUACUGGAGCCUGAAGUCUGACCCAG